AUGGGAUCAAAGGAGACGAAUGUAAGUUAAAUUGGGAUCCGAAUCCAGGUCCCAGGGCCCCGAAAAUCCUGAGGACUCUAAGAAACGCCGCUUACAGUCAGAUCCGGUGAAGGAGCGGAGCCGGCAACAGAAGGAUGAGCUGGAACAAUGCUUCGACGAGAACAAGAGACAGUCCGAGAGCAAUAUUGCGGAUGCAGAGAGGCUGGAGGAGCACACCAGGAGUGGUAAGUGAGCGUGAACUCUUGGAAUACGACUGUUACAAUCGUCUAGGCCAUAUUUUGAAAUGUAAAGAUUAAACCUCGGAAAGAAAAAGUUUUCCCACUCUAAAGUAAUAAAAAGUGGAGAUUCUUGUUAAAACCCAUGGGCAAUUCGAACAUUUCCGAGCAAUUUACAGUUAGAAAAUUUCGAAAAUGAAUUGGAAUUAAAAAUGAAUCAGUAAAUGUUCCCUUUGCCUCAGGGCUAAUACCCUUAAGGGCCGGAUUACGCGGCUCUGAAUGGAAUAAAAACGGCGUCAAAUGUUGGGAAAGAUACAUCUGAAGGGGUCUGGGAACGAACAAAGGGGUCAACCACCGCAUAUUCGAGAAUUCAGUUGUAUUACAGUCUUGUACAAUAUCAAAGAAAACAACAAAUUUUCAAAAAUUGGCUGGAUAAUUUGUAGUCAGGGUUUUUGUCAAAUUCCGGGAUAAAAUAAUUGGAAUACAAGGAAAUUGAGUCCAGUUUCAUAAAAAAUUAGGGCCAAAAGUCAAAGUCCGAGGAAAUAAUUUUCUGCUUUGCCGAAAAGUGGCCAAAACAAGCCUGAAAAUUGGUGAAAACGGACCUCGCUGCGCCGAAAAGUGCACGGAAUCUGCAAUAGGGCCGUUUAUUUAUGGUAGAGGCUCCAUUUCCAUAUUACUUUAGAUAUUUUAUAAAAUUUAAAUAAAAAAGGAAAGGUCAACAAUUGGGAUACAAGUAGUCCCAAACAAAGCGAUUACUCGAAGCCAGCAUACGCAGAGAAAGUAAUUUCGAUAGCAAUUCACUGGAUGAUCAGCUAAUCUCUUCACAAUUUGACUAGCAAAAUUAAUUAAAGUCUCUAAAAUAAGGCCCCGAAAUCUGGAGGAUUAAGAGCUCGGAUAACACAGCCUUAUAAUUGGAAUGGUUGCACUGCAACCCGGGUGGAACAUCCGGAAGAAUAGUAGAGUUGGGGUAAACAAGGUUUUCGUGGCGGGACCGGACUUGUCUUUUGUCACAGCCACGAUUGUCUGAACAGCAGCAAAAAGUACUUCAGACUGGACGUAUAGUAAUAAGAAUGGGAAUUAGCGACAGAAUCCCGCGUUUGGAGUGUCAAAGAUCGCCCUCGAGACCUUGAUUCAUCCAAUUCUGGCUAGUGUAAUAUCCAGAUAUCGGAAAUAAAAAGUCAUGCUUUUGCCAUGAAAGAGGGUCUUAGGUGAAGUGCACGUGAUAUUGAAUAAUACUCUGCCUCCUGAUGCCAGAACGAUGAUUAAAUUAUAAUAAAAAAAGCAAAGAUAAACGGCUUUUCCUGGAGUCAUAGCUAAUAAAAUGGGAGGGAAAGGAAGUCGGAUUCGAGGAAAUGGUGGAUAAAUUGGGCUUUUUACUCAAAUACAAAUAUUGCGUCAACCAAAUAUUACGGAAAAUCUGUCAUCAUGACAUGUUUAAACGACUUAUUCAAAUAUGUCAUGAUUACGGAUUUUUUGGAAUUUUAGAAUCUAUGAGGGUAAUGACUUAAUUUUCAGCCAAAUUCGAGUCCAGAUUCUCCAAGAAGCAGCGCUCGAAUGAGGAAUUGGAAAAGAAAUCGACCAAGAAAAUGCUGCUGAAGCCCCUGGUCUACGAUUACAAAAAACACAACCCGGAGAAGGGCAAGAAGGUGGAAGAAGUGAAGGAGGAGGACUUGAAUGGCAUAGACAAUCUCUCCAUCAAAAGCCUGGCCGGAUCUCCCACCGUCGUCAUCUCUCCGAUGUCCUCCAAAGGGGUAAGAUGACCUAAAGUAAUAUUAUAAAUGAAUAUGAAAGUAAUGUAAAAAAAUUGAGAGAAAAUUGGAUGUAAGAAGUGAAGAGUAGGGUCGUUUCACAACAUAUAUGCCUUUUUUGUAGAAGUGAAAGAAAGGGUUUAUAUCUUGUCAUCUAAAAAAUGUAAUGUAAAAUUAUUACUGUAGAAGGAAGGGAAAGAGAGGAUAAAGACGCGGGGCACGGGUGGAAAAAGGUCAGCCGGCCUAAGAAUAAUGUUUUUGAGGGAUUUUGGAAUGAAACUGUUCUAAUCCCCUCAGGGCUUUCGUAUUUAUUUUCGGAGUUAACCUUAGAUUUCGGAGAGAGUCACGGCACGUAAUUGUAAGCUCGAAAAAGUAGUCGCCAGACAGCGAUUCUGUCAACAAUUAGGCCUCUUCUUGGUCUCCUAUUUGAGCUGCCUUUAAUUAUAUUAACCCUGAAUAAUAUAAAGGACACUCUAAUUUUAAUUUUUUUUAGACUGGCCUUAAGACUUUCUCCAGUCCGGGCCUGGAUCCGGUCCCGCUGAGCUCUUCGAAGAGACGGGUAUCCAAGAAAAAUGGGGCCAAGUGUAAGUGUCAUGUGGAAUGUAAAAUAGGAUAAUAAUAAGCUAAUGUUGCUUUAGUGAGACCGAGAUCUCUCCCACCGAUCACUCAGAUGACGAUAAACAUCGAGUCUGUGAUGGCCGGAGCCAAGCCGAUUUCUCUAAAGAUAGCCAAAGAUGGGACAGUUGGGACCUUGAAAAAGAUGGUCAGGCAGAAAAUGAAGGGCGUCAGGAAGUUCACCUUGUCUUUCCAGGGAAAGGAAUUGGCGUAAGUGGACCUACCCGCUAUCAGAACCUGCUACGUUUUCUCUGACAAUCUCCUUGUUUUCCACGAUCUCCCGUCAUCAAUGAUACUAUAUUGAAUGUCUCGGCAGAGAUGGCCAAAGCAUUGGCUAAAAUUUCUAGGAUUUAAUGUGUCCUAGACGGAAUUUGAGACCAAAACUUUUGGAAAAUUGGCGAUGACAUGCGACGGAUAAAUUUUUAAAAAUUCAAAUUUGGGAUUUUCUGAUUUGAUUUCAAGUAGCCAUCGCAAAGAAACACUGCAGUAAUAUUCCUUCAAUAAUUAUGAUAAUUUAUUUACAGCCCCGAGGAGCGCAAACUCUCGGAUUGUGGUUUAAUUGAUGGCUCCAGUGUCCAAAUCUAUGUCAGCUCGAAGACUGGGACCGUGGAUCGAGAGGAGAUCGCCAAAUUGGUCAAAUUGGGCCAAACCCUGUCCAAUUUCAAGAGCAUGGUCGACUCCAUUCCCAUUCCCGACGACAUUGAACUAAAGCCCGGAGGGUAAAUAAUUUUAUUUAUAUUUAAUUUUUUGAUUUUAUGGUAAGAUUUUAUAGAGAGCUGCCUCCCGAAGUUCCCCCAUCCAAAUUGAGUCGAGAAUUGGAGAAUAAAAAGACCAAGGAAAAGAUGGCCAAGUUGAAGGUGAGUUUGGUGUAAAUUAUGAUAUUUUAGAGGUAAUGUCGUCUUGUAAAUGUUGUUUUAGUCAAAACUCCGCGAACGGAGCCUCAAGAAUUCCCCGGAACAGUCGCUGAAAAGGCCGAUGAAAGUGUUUGGGCGACGCUCGGAUUCUGACGGAGAGAGUUCUGCCGGGUAAGGUCAGGGCUUCACAGACACUAUUGUUGUAUAUGUGUGUAUAGGGAGGGCAAAACAAAAAUUUAUUAAGCAUUUGUUCUGAACUAGUCAAAUGCCGAAAUUUCGUGACAGGGAUGGGACAUUUUUUCUAACGGCCAAACCGAAAUCUUGAGAAAUAGACAUGUUAUACGAAAGGUGGAGUGUUCUCAGAUGAAUGUAGUUUGAUUUGAGUGUCUGAUUAAUAUCUUAGAAGUGUCUGGAGUGACGUCCCCGAAUCCCAUUCCGAAAUCUCGACCAAUUCCUCGGAUACUGUAACAAACAAGGAGAUCCUACUGUAUCACGAUCCACCGGAAUCCAGAAAGAUUAUGGAAUUGAAGGAGAAUAUCCUGUUCGACCCUCCGGCAAGUCGUGAGGAACUGGCCAAGGUUAGCUACGUUAAUAUUUUGCUGUAAAUUAUUACUGUGACUUUAAUAAUUUUGAAACUACGACGUUGUUCUUGGCCGUUUUCCAGAUCCGUGAAGGCUUUUCAUUCUCGUGUUGCGCUCUUUGCUUCGCCAAAUUGCCUCUGGCAUUGCGUGAGAUGAGAUGUCGUUGCAAGAAAGUGUACUGCUCCGCUCAUCGCCAUCCCGAGGCCCACAAAUGUGCUGUAGACUUGAAGGAAGUGGACCGUCAGAAAUUGGAUUUUAUGAAAAAGAGCCCUCCGGCCAAGAAAUAA